CAUUCACCUUCAUUCGCGAAACUAUGGAACUAUGGAAGCAGCAAUCCCACGGCAGCACACUUCGCGGGAACGACUAUUACAGCUCCAGACAACGGAGUCAUUAUACAACGCAGGACUUUAUACCUCAGCCUUGUUCAUGACGGGAAUUCAGCUUUCUACCAUCAAAGGCGAUGAGAAAUGGUUUCAAUCAAGGGCUUUGUCGCGGUAUGCCCGCUGCUUGACGCGUUUACAGGAGCACCGCAGAUCGAUUGAAUAUUACAGGAAAGCAGCAUAUCUUGAGAACUCACCGUUGCCGUCAGAUAUCCCGGUAUCAAUGAAGCUUGGAUCCAAACAGGAUGGCGAAGGAGUUGCAGAAUUGAGACCACCAAUGUCUGCAGUAGAGGCGUUACUCUUAGAGAAAAACAUGGACAAGGCGACACUGGCAAAGCAAAGAUUAGCACGGGAUCAGUUCAAGGAAAAGAUCCUUCGAACAACAUCCAAGCUGGCAGCUCAGAAUCGGACUGCCAGCAUGAUGUCGUCAGCAAAAGCGCCACUUAAAUCCAAUGCUACGGCAACAGGACUGACCAACGUCGUCCCUACCUCGAUUCCAGCUGUGGUCCCUCAGUCUACAACCAUGAAAAGGCACUUGGCGUCGCGGAUAUCUGAAGUAGAGAAUUCGAACGAAGCCGAAAGCAUUGUUCACGAUAGCAGAUCAAUUAUCGGAGGAGUACCCAAAAUGACCAAUAAAUCGUCUGCAGCCCGGCUGGCAGGCGAUUUUGUGAAUGUUCUACACCAGCAGGAUGCAAUCAAUAUCGACCACGCCCAGUCUCGUUUUGAAGCUGGCGAUUAUGUUGAAGCAGGGCGAGUGAUUGCAAAGAUAUCUGAGAGCAACCGGACAGUCAAAGUGUACUUGCUGAUGGUGCGGCUUGCACACAAAAAGAUUUUCGUUUUGCCCGAAAAGGCGUGUUGGGAGUGUAUAGCAGAGAUGCAACCUCUGGCAAUAGAGGCGUAUGUCCAACUCUUGCGCUCACAAGUCCCACUGGCGAUUGUCCUCAAUAUGAUUCCCUCCGAUUCUUCGGAAAAGCAUUGGAUGAAGAUGUACCUGAAGGGCAUGGACAACUUUCUCAGGAUGCGGUACCAAGCUGCAUUAUCAGAUUUCUCUGCACUGAAUGAGAUAUACCCGGACAACAUUGAUAUCAAACUACGGAUGGCACUUUGUCUGAAAUGGAUGAGCAAGCCUGUCCGGUGCUGCUUCAUGUUUUCGCAGGUCCGCAAACUGGAUAGCUGCGUGUUAGAAGACAUGUACCAUUAUGGCGCUUGCCUAAAGCAAAUGGGCAAAGUGCUUUAUUUGAACAAGCUGGCAGGUGAUCUUUUGGGCUACAACGACAAGCAUCCGGAUGCAUGGUGUGUACAGGGAUUGUAUUGGGAGACGGUUGGGAAUAAGGAGAGAGCGCUACUGAUGGUAUCAAGGGCAUUACAAAUUAAGGCAGAUCAUUGUGGCGCCCUUCAACUUCGUGGCCAAUUGCUUAUGGAAACUACACCACUGAAAGCAUUACAGUCCUUCCGGGAGGCAUACAGGAUAGAGAAAAACAUUAAUACUUAUGAGGGCCUCGUAAAUACGUACGUCUUGAUGGAGCGCAUGCCGGAAGCCAUGGAUAUGGCAAAGGAGGCCAAGAAGCUGAUGCCUGACAGUGCGCACGCUCUCGCGAUCUAUGGAAUGGCGGUCUAUCAUACUGGAGACCAAGACAGCAACGCGGCUCAGGAUAUUCUGAAGGAGGCUUUGCAAAUGGACCCUGGUUGUGUUGAAGCAGCAUCAUGUCUCGUGAUGAUCUAUGAGAACCAAGGCCAAUACGAUGAAGCCAUCCAAAUCUUGGACCAACAAGUCGACUACCAACCACCGGACACAGUGCAUGUGAGAAAAGCCGAAAUCUAUACAGCAACUGAGCAGUGGGAGCACGCAUUAGCCAGCUAUCAAAGCGCAUUAAGUGCUAAUCCUGACAAUGCGCGAGCCAAAGAAGGCAUGGCCCAUGUGGAAAGGGUUCUCAAUGGAGGUGAUGAAGAAGACGAGGAUGAGAUUGAAGAGUCGGAUAAUAACGAGGAUAUCGAAGUCGAUGCUACUGAUGCCAUGGACGCCAUGGAUGUUGCUCUGGAUCGCCAAGAGCACAUUAGCGACAACUUGGAUGAGGACGACGUCUUGACAGGCGACGAAGACCCCGUCGACGAAGUCGAGGAUGACCAUCAACACAGUCAUCACCAGACGCCGCAACAUACGCAGGAGGUAGUUUCGCAAAGAGCACGCGGGCUUGGGCAGAGACAUCAGCAGUCGCUAUACACACCUACGCAAAGACAGGACCAAAUACCACAGCACUCCCGGCAGCCGCCACAAUUCUCGCAACAGCUACAGCAGCAGCGUGCAGCACGAAGCUCAAUACCCGGGUUUGGAAUGGGAUAUCCGCAGACACCAUCCAGGUCUGGAAUAUCCCGAGCUCUACAGAAUCAGGCGCCUUUGCGGGUCCCGAGUCACUAUACGUCCCAGCGCGAGCGGGAGUAUGACGAAUACGAGGAUGGUGGGGAUAUGGACGAAUAGACAGGCCGUAAUAAAGUAGUCUGCAUCCGUCGCCUUUUGUGAUUUAUAAUCGUUCAAGG